GAGUCACCAGAGCACCCAGAAAAGCUUUCGGAAAACUUAGAGGCGUGAAAAGUUUAAAGGGCAGACUGAACAGAUCCUUGUGUCACAUCUAUACCUACCUUCGGGGGAGCAUGAAGAACUCGUCACAGAUGGACCCUGAAGAUUUCUUUGAAUUUUUCAACACCUCAGGUUAUGGUGAGAUAUAUGACAUUAAAAAUGACUUUGUGCUGUUAUGCGAUAAGAAAGAUGUCAACCGUUUUGGUGCAAAACUCCUGCCAGCCUUCUAUUACACCAUCUUCAUGCUGAGCUUACUGGGAAAUGGACUGGUCUUGUAUAUCAUCUACAAAUAUGAGAAACUGAAGACGGUCACCAACAUCUUUCUGCUGAACCUGGUCAUCUCUGAUCUGGUGUUUUCCUUGAGUCUCCCUUUCUGGGCCGUAUAUCACUCUUCAGAGUGGAUCUUUGGCAGGAUACUUUGCAAACUGGUGGGCGGCCUUUACUUUGUGGGAUUCUACAGCUCCAUCCUCUUCUUGACGCUCAUGACCUUGGACAGGUACCUGGCGGUGGUUCACGCCAUCACCUCUGCCAAGAACCGGAGGAACGCGUACGCCGUCGUGGCCUCUCUGGUGGUCUGGGGCGUCAGCAUUCUAGCUACUGUCAAGGAGUUUGUUCUGUACAAUGUGCAGAGGAAUGAGCAGAGCGGCAUGCUUUGCGAGGAGACCGGCUUUUCGAAACACAUUCUCAAUACUUGGCAGCUUGUAGGUUACUAUCAGCAGUUUGUGCUGUUUUUUCUCUUCCCACUGGCUGUAGUUCUGUACUGUUACACUCGAAUAACCAUCAGGAUUAUUCACACACGAAUGAGGGAGAAAUGCAGAGCAGUGAAGCUGAUAUUUGUGAUUAUCGUGGCGUUUUUCAUCUGCUGGACACCUUACAAUGUCGUCAUUAUGUUGAGAGCUGAGCAAAUCUCGAGCAAGUUUGAUUCCUGUACCUCCGAGCUUGACUAUGCCCUGUAUAUCACCCGCAAUAUCGCCUACCUGUACUGCUGCGUAAACCCUGUCUUCUACACGUUCGUGGGUAAAAAGUUCCGGAACCAUUUCCGGAGGCUGCUCGCGAAGCACAUUCCCUGUUUAAAGGAAUACGUCUCGACAAGUCAGAGUAGUAAAACAACAUCUUACAGGAGCCCGCCGACCGUGCACGAAUACUAAUAGAUCUGAAAGGACAUAGUAAUGCUGAACGGUGUAAACUGAAUUAUUUUACCUGUAAGAUGAGUUAUGUGCUAUGUAGCUAUUUUAAAAAAAAUAUCAACAUAUGUGUAAUCUCUGGAUAAUCUUUUUUUCAUGAAAACUGUGAUUCCAGUGUUGUGGCAGGAUUAAUUUUCGAAUAAUUCAUGCAGAUUAUUAUAACAACAAUGACAAACUGAUUUAAAAAUGCUUAUUUUAUGCUUUGAUAUGAGACAUCCCAGAAAACAGACUAUGGUACGAAGUUCAAUGACGGGAGAUGUUGUACUUACUGUGAAUGGGAUCAAAGGCAUAGUCAAUUCUCACCAGUGGGGGUUACAUACUGGGAGGGGGGUUAAAGCAGUUUGAAAUCUGCAUAAUAAUCUGCGCAGACAUGGGUCUCACGCUGCCGCUUAUGUAGCAUAGUACCUGUAAGAGCACCUUUUAUUUUCUGCUUUUUCAUUAUCGAGCGUUUGCUAGUGGGAGGCCUGCCCCCCCCCUCCCCCCCCCAGGGGGCCGUAAUAGCCAUGUGCAGCAGGAUGUACAUUCAGAAUCACACAUCAGAGUGUUUCAGACUGUGGUGUGGUACCUGGGGGGACGAAAGCAAACACGGUGAGAACAUGCAGCAGAUGUCUUGAUCAAUGUCAUUGUGUUCAUCUCAGUUAACCUAAAGUUCAAAUGUAACAUACAUAUCAGAAGUACAAAGUAUAAAUUGUUGCUUUUAUUAUUUUUUUUUUAUAAUUUUUUUAUGUAUAGAAUGUGCUCUGAAUUCAUUGGUAAUAAAGUUGCAGGCUUUGUGUUUGAAAA